GUGACCUAAAGGUUUUCACUCCUGCUGAGGAGGAAACUAUCCAGGGUCUUGUUCUCUCCUGGAAGCCAAUCUGUAAAAACAUCCAGCAAGAGGUGCUUUUUUCAUUUCCAGAUCAAGAUAUGAAAUGGGAGAAAUCAAAAGAAAUAUCCUUCUGUACACAUUGUGCUGCUGCUAUGUGAUCCCACAAUAUCUUUGCACAGGGCUUCAUUCUCAGACUGUGAGAUUUUCAUCUCAAGUUGGUAUUCACAGGGAGCAGCAGUUCAUGUGCCCCCAGAUCAGCAUCGGGGAGGAUCAUUUCCCAGGGUUUUACAUCAUGUCCCAGUUCCACAUCGCUGAGCUGGCAAGGAGGGGCACUGUUAAAAAGGUUCCUGGAUCAUCUCCUCAGCAUGUUGCUUAUCAAAUAGGCCCAGCAUUCAACUUCAGGAUCAACACAAGAUCAGCUUAUCCUCUGGGGCUGCCGGAGGAGUUUGCAUUUGUGGCCGUGCUGCGCAUGAGUGGCAGCACCAUCAGUAAGAAGUGGAAUAUCUGGCAGAUACAGGAUGUGAAUGGCAACGAGCAGCUGGCUGUCAGAUUCAACGGGGAGUCUAAGUCUGUGGAGUUUAGCUUCACAGGGCUGGACUCCGGGAGGCAGACUAUUGCCUUCAGCUCCCUGGCUUUUCUUUUCAAUGAUCAGUGGCACAAAGUCCUGCUACAUGUCAGCAGGCGCUCUGUGGCGCUUUUCGUGGACUGUGUCAUGAUCGGUUCCCAGAAUAUACCACCCCGACAAAAAGUCAGUCUGGAUGGCUUCACAUUGAUAGGAAAGCUCAAGGACAACCCAGUGAUGGCAGUUCCGUUUGAACUCCAGUCAAUGCUUAUCCACUGCGACGUGACGCGAGCCCGGACAGAGCCUUGUUAUGACCUCCCAGCCAGGACAUCGACUGAGGUGACAGAGGUGCAGAGGAACCAAGUACCUCCAGGCCCUCCUGGACCUGCAGGUGUCCCUGGAGUUAAUGGAAUUGAUGGGGAGAGGGGAGCAGAUGGCGAGGAUGGAGUUCCUGGACCUGAUGGAGAUGCAGGUAAACCCGGCUCUUCAGGAUUACCUGGAAUUCCUGGAAAUGAUGGUUUGAUCGGCCCUAUUGGAGAUCCAGGGCCUGACGGUCCCCCAGGACAGAAAGGUGAACCUGGAAAGCCUGGACCUCGUGGAACAGCUGGUGUUGGGCCAGAUGGACCCCCCGGACCACCUGGGCCUGGAGGACUUCUGGGUGAAGUGGGAAAACCUGGACCACUUGGGUCCAUAGGUGUGAGAGGGCCACAGGGACCUCGUGGACCAACGGGGCCCAGAGGUGCAGCUGGGAUGCAAGGCAGUGUCGACCUGUGUCCAGACUCUUGUCCACCUGGGGCCUCUGGACAUCCUGGCCUUCCUGGCAUGAAGGGCCACAAAGGUGUAAAAGGUGAAGCAGGAGAACCUGGGAAACAAGGGCACAAGGGUGAGGAGGGGGAACAGGGAGGUCCAGGGGAGGUCGGAGCCCAAGGACCAAUGGGUCCUCAGGGAAUUCGUGGAGCCAUGGGAAUGAUGGGCCUCAAGGGAGAGAUGGGAGCUCGAGGUCCUGAUGGAGAUCCAGGUCCCCAGGGUGUUGCAGGGGCAACUGGGGAUCAUGGCCAGAGAGGCGUGAUGGGUGAGCCUGGGCCUAAAGGUGAAAUGGGUGUUCAAGGGGCGAGAGGAAUCUCAGGUCUUCCAGGUCCCAAAGGAGAGGCUGGCUUGCCGGGUGUAGAUGGUCGUGAGGGAAUACCUGGGAUGCCCGGAGCAAAGGGAACCAUUGGGAAGCCAGGCGUUCCUGGAGAGGUCGGACUUCAGGGGCUUCCUGGUUUGCCUGGUUCACCUGGACCAAAAGGCUUGAGCGGCCCCAAGGGAGAUUCUGGUCAGCCAGGCCUUCCUGGGACAAUGGGACCUGCUGGCAAAGCAGGUGAGCGCGGAGAGCAGGGGGAGGUGGGACCCAUCGGACCUAUUGGUGAACCUGGAGCCAUAGGAGAGCGAGGCCCUGUGGGUUCACGUGGCAAGCCAGGUGCCAGGGGACCCAAAGGUGAUCCCGGCCUUCCUGGUCUCCCUGGUCCUUCUGGCCUGCCCGGGGUGAAGGGAGAGAGGGGAGACCGUGGAGAGCCAGGACCCAAAGGAGAGCAGGGAGUGCAAGGUGAUGAGGGAAACCCUGGAGACAAAGGAGAUACUGGUGAGUCAGGAGAGCCUGGACCUAAAGGAGAGGUUGGUAACCCUGGUGAGCCUGGCAAAAGAGGUCCUGAGGGAAGUCGAGGCCAGCCAGGCAUCGAGGGGCCAGCCGGUACACCUGGACCACGGGGUAUGCAGGGGAACAGGGGUUCACCUGGAGUCAGAGGGUCCCAGGGUCCUGCGGGUAAAGAGCCAAGCGAUCAGCACAUCAAACAAGUUUGCAUGCGAGUCAUGCAAGAACAGCUGGCUCAGUUAGCUGCUAGUUUAAGAAGGCCAGAGUCUGGUGUAGCUGGUUUACCUGGAAGACCUGGACCUCCAGGACAACCUGGGCCUCCAGGAGACAAUGGCUUCCCUGGGCAGGCUGGAUCAAGAGGCCUCCCAGGACUUAAGGGGCCACCAGGAAUGCUUGGAGCAAAAGGACCCAAAGGUGAAAUGGGAGACAGAGGCGCCAGAGGGCCUACUGCGCGAGGACCUAAAGGUCAGCCAGGACCUCCUGGACUUCCUGGUGAGCCAGGCAAGCCUGGCUACGGUCAGGACGGUCGAGACGGGCAGAGGGGACCUCCUGGCGUUCCUGGAAUGCCCGGUGUCCCUGGGCCUCCAGGUGCAGCUGGUCCCAACGGUUACUGUGACCCAUCAGCAUGCAACCUCCAGCCAGGGGCCGCCCACCAGUCUCUGGAUGUGAAGGGACCUGCAGGGAACUAAGAGCCACUCUGGCAGAGACAGAAAGACUGUUGGAUUAGCUUCCCUGAGCACACAACAUUUUUCACACUUUCUUCCCAGGGGCUGCGGCUGGUAUGGUGCCUUCCAUCCAUUAACCUCUAGUCUUGUGAGCAUGUUUUGUGCCAGCCACAUCUCCGUCAGAAGGAGCCAGCUUCUUCAUAAAAAACACAAAACAUUGUUUUUUUUUAUGAGCUGCAAAAAUCUGUCUUGUUCUGGUGUUUUUCUGUCUGAGAGAUGUUUUGAUCUUUUCAGGAAGGUGUGCUCACAUUUCUGAAAUGAAACGAAACAACCAUGUUUGUGGCAAUGUUUGUUUAUCCCACUCUCCUUCUACCUUGUUGGCCAUUUACAGUUUUUACCACAUAAAACCUCCUCCACAUUACCACAGAACAUUUCAAAUUAUCAACCAAAUCAAAUCAGGGUCAGGACGUCUCAUUCAAGUGCCUUUUUCAAACAUUUUGUUCUGUAUGUGCUAAUGUACCAGAGAUUAACCUGCUGAAACCCAGUUUUUGAAUAUGAAAAUUCUACGUCUGACUGUCUUUAGCCCCGCAGUUCAAAAUAAAAAGGAGAGAGGAUGAAAAUGUCAUCAAGUCACACUGACUUCAGUUUGUUGAAAGUGUUGUAAAUCUGUAUAAAAAAUGUUUUAAUUGUGGUUAAUUAUAUUUCCUACAAAACAA